GAGAGUGUGUGUGUGUAUAUAUAAAAGAGGGCAUAGCGUUGCUGCUGCUACUGCUGCUGCCACCGCCGCCUCCCCCACCGCCGCUACCAGUGAUCCUCCUGGGGAAAGAGCUCGAGAGGACACACCAUACACCCAAUCCUGCCAUCCUCCUGCCGCAGUUCGUCCACCCUUCGCGCACCACCCAGCUCGCCAUGCGCUCCGCUGCGGUUCUGGCGCUUCUGCUGUGCGCUGGGCAAGUCUUUGCCCUCCCUGUGAACAGCCCCAUGACAAAAGGGGACACUAAGGUGAUGAAGUGUGUCGUGGAGGUCAUCUCUGACUCGCUGUCCAAACCUAGCCCCAUGCCUGUCAGCCCCGAGUGUCUGGAGACCCUCCAAGGAGAUGAGAGGGUACUCUCCAUCCUGCGACACCAGAAUUUGCUGAAGGAACUCCAAGACCUGGCACUCCAAGGUGCCAAGGAGCGGGCCCAGCAGCAGCCAAAGCAGCAGGAGCAGCAGCAGCCACACAGCAGCUUCGAGGAUGAGCUCUCGGAAGUGUUUGAGAGCCAGAGCCCAGAGGCCAAGCAAGGAGAUACCACAGCAGAAACUCCCCCUGAGGAAGCUGUGGAGAAGAGAGAGAAUUCUGACGAGGUGCAACAGGGUGGCUCUGAGGGAACCACUGAGGGACCCAGGCCUCAGGCUGUUCCAGAGCCUGGGCAGAAGUCCUCUAUGAUGGGGAACAGUCAGGCCCCUGGGGUGGAUGCAGCCAUCAACACCCAGCCGCCGGCCAGCCUCCCCAACCAGGAUGGUGUGGACUCCCAGGCCACAGGGGACAGCGAGAGAGGCCUGGGCACCCGGCAGCAAGCCGGAAAAGCCAAGCAAGAGGAAGAAGAUGAGGUUAGAGGGAAGGCUGAACCUGAAGAAAUCCCCACCACAGCAUCCAGCUCCCAACCAGAAUAUGAGGCGAUCCAGAAAGAUGAGGGCCAGUCGGAGUCUCGGGCAGUGGAUGGAGAUGGAGAGACCCGGGCUUCCGAAGCUCUGUCACCCGAGGGGGAGCUGGAGCCCUCUCAGCAGGAGGAAGACGGGGAAGACGUGAUGGCGGGCCACCCCCAAGGUCUCUUCCCAGCUGGGAAGAGCCAGGAGCUGGAGCACAGGCAGGAGGAAGAGGAGCGGCUGUCCAGAGAGUGGGAGGACAAGCGAUGGAGCCGGAUGGACCAGCUGGCCAAGGAGCUGACAGCAGACAAGCGGCUGAGGGGCGAGGACGACCCUGACCGCUCCAUGAAGCUCUCCUUCCGGGCCCGGGCCUAUGGCUUCAGGGACCCCGGGCCUCAGCCACGCCGCGGCUGGAGGCCAUCUUCCAGAGAAGACAGUGUGGAGGCCCGAGGCGACUUUGAGGAAAAGAAGGAGGAGGAAGGCAGCGCCAACCGUAAAGCAGAGGACCAGGAGCUAGAGAGCCUGUCAGCCAUCGAGGCAGAGCUGGAGAAGGUGGCUCAUCAGCUGCAGGCAUUGCGGCGGGGCUGAGGCACUGGCUGCUGGUGCCAGCCAUGGCUCCAAGGCACCCUGAGACCCUGGUUCCAUGGCUUCAACGCUGCUCCUAGUAGGGAGGCUGCCUCUAGCCGCCAGAGGCCUGGUUGCUGUCUUGUCCCCCACUCCCUCUGUUCUCAGCCUCUGCCCUGGACACUUCUGCAGGACAGCCCUGACUGUCAACACAGAUUCCUUCUCUGAACACAGGCAGCUUUCUAGAAGUUUCUCUUCCACCUUAUCCACGGGGCACGACUGCAAUAACUUCUGAGCUUUGGGUGAAAGCCAAGAACUCCCGACUACAAGAUAUUCCAGAUAAAAUUUAUUGAAGAAAGAAUAAACGUGCUUUGGGCUCCUUC